AUGGCGGAGCACCUUGCUUCCAUAUUCGGCACCGAGAAGGACCGUGUCAACUGCCCCUUCUACUUCAAGAUCGGCGCCUGCCGCCACGGCGACCGCUGCUCCCGCCUCCAUAACCGCCCGACCAUCUCCCCGACCCUCCUACUCUCCAACAUGUACCAGCGGCCCGACAUGAUCACCCCCGGCGUCGACCCUCAGGGCCAGCCCCUCGAACCCCGCCAGAUCCAGGAACACUUCGAGGACUUCUUCGAGGACAUCUACGAGGAGCUUCGAAAGUUCGGCGAGAUCGAGAGCCUCAACGUCUGCGACAACCUCGCUGACCACAUGAUCGGCAACGUCUACGCCCAGUUCAAGGAGGAGGACCAGGCCGCAGCCGCACUUGCCGCCCUCCAGGGCCGGUUCUACUCCGGCCGACCCAUCAUCGCCGAUUUUUCCCCCGUCACCGACUUCCGGGAAGCCACCUGCCGCCAGUACGAGGAGAACAGCUGCAACCGCGGAGGCUACUGCAACUUCAUGCACGUCAAGAUGAUCGGCCGGGAGCUGAGGAGGAAGCUCUUCGGACGCAACAACCACCAUGGGAGGUACUGGGGGACCCGCAGCCGGAGCCGGAGUGCCAGUCCACAUUCGAAUCACCACAGGCGGGAUAGAGACAGGGAUCGGGACAGGGACAGGGACAGGGACAGGGAUUACGAGAGGCGGGACAACCGAGGUGGCGGCAGGAGGUCUGGAGGGGACAGGCAUGGUGGGGGAAGGUACGAGGGUGAGAGGAAGAGGCAGAGGAGCAGAAGCCCUGUGAGGGAAGGGAGUGAGGAACGGAGGGCAAGGAUUGAGCAGUGGAAUCGGGAGAGGGAGGAGAAGGGGAAGUAA